GCCCGCGGAGGACUCGCCUCACCGAGCUAAUUUGAAAGGAGAGAGAUGACCUCUAAAAAGGCGUGUGGAAGCAUCUCUCAGUCUGUGUAACUGUGCAAGCAGCGAAGGGAAAAUUGAUCCCCAACAGAACUAACAAAAAUUGAAGCAGGUUUAUGUGUGUGUCAUCGGCUCUACCCAGAAGUCGAAGAAUCCUCCUUUGAAUUGAAGGGCUGUGUGCCUCUCUUGAGAGGAUGACUUUUCAGUUUAAUUUUACUAUAGAAAACCAUCUGGAAAAUGAAUCCACACCCCCUGGAGAUGGAGCUUUGGCCCUGGAUUCCUCCGAAGAGUCUUCAGUCUCAGAGAGUAAAAAAGGUCCACAUAGGGACAGAAGACGUUCUACAGAACAGCUUGAGUGGCCUCAGAAUCAUUUGUUGGAGCAUAAGCCAGUGGGCAGCGCAGCUCCCUCUCAAGACACAGACGGCUCAGUCAGUGCAGCAAACAGCUCAGGUAACCUGGAGCCCCAUGAAAACCAUCCCUGCAUGAGAGUGGCCAAAGAGCAUCCUAUGCCCGAAGAUGUAACAAAAGUGCUAGAAAACAAAGUCGUGGAAACAUUACCAGGUCCCCAACAUGUUAAUGUAUCCAUCGUGAAAACUGUCUUGUUGAAAGAGAACGUCCCUGGAGAAAACAUAGUGUCACAAAGCAUUUCUUCUCACUCUGAUCUGAUUUCAGGGGUUUAUGAAGGAGGCUUAAAAAUCUGGGAAUGUACCUUUGACCUACUGGCUUAUUUCACAAAGGCCCAAGUAAAAUUUGCUGGGAAGAAAGUGUUGGAUCUUGGCUGUGGAUCUGGGUUGCUCGGUAUAGCGGCAUUCAAGGGAGGGGCCCGAGAAAUUCAUUUUCAAGAUUAUAACAGUACGGUGAUUGAUGAAGUAACCAUACCUAACAUAGUGGCUAACUUCACUGUGGAAGAUGAAGGAAAUGACGUCAACGAACCCGAUGUAAAACGACAGAGGAAAUCAAAAAUAGCACAAGAAUUAUGUAAAUGCCGGUUCUUUUCAGGGGAAUGGUCUGAGUUUUGUAAGCUAGUACUAAGUAGUGAGAACUUCUUUGAAAAAUAUGAUCUCAUUCUCACCUCAGAAACCAUUUACAAUCCAGAUUAUUACAGUACUUUGCACCAGACAUUCCUUGGAUUGUUAGAUAAGAAUGGACGGGUGCUUUUAGCAAGCAAAGCACAUUAUUUUGGUGUAGGUGGAGGCACUUACCUCUUUCAGAAGUUCGUAGAAGAAAGAAAUGUAUUUGAGACCAGAACACUUGAAAUAAUUGAUGAAGGACUAAAGAGAUUCCUAAUUGAAAUGACUUUUAAGUAACUGAUUUAUUGUCCACCAAGUGUCCUAAGUGAAAUAAACAGCAUAGCCAAAAACUUGUUUCGAA